AUUUGCCUGUGGUGCUGGCACCACAUCAUGGAGAUGGCGAAUAAGGACCAUCUAGAACCUCGCUGUCCAGCCUGCCGUUCUCCCUACAGCAAAGACAAGAUCGCAUCCAACGGUCCCGAUCUUGACGAUUUUACCGAGUCGGAGAAGCGAUCCAAGUCGAAGUCUCGUCCGAAGAGCGCGUAUGCGACGGCAGAAGGCCGGCGACAUCUGAGCAACGUGCGCGUGGUGCAGAAGAAUCUUGUCUACGUCGUCGGUAUCCCGCUCUCCGUUGCGGACGAAGAGACUCUGGAGCGGCGCGACUACUUUGGUCAGUACGGCAAGGUCGUCAAAGUGGCCGUGUCUCGCUCCAAUUCCUCCUUCGGCGGCUCCGUCCACCCCCCCUCCGCCAACGUGUACGUGACGUAUCUGAGGGAGGAGGACGCCCUCCGGUGCAUCCAGGCCGUUGAUGGAUGCCUUUUCGAGAAUCGAAUCCUCAGAGCAUGCUUUGGCACAACUAAGUAUUGCAACGCGUGGCUGAAGAAUCUGAUAUGCAACAACCCGGAUUGCUUGUAUCUUCACGAGUUUGGCACGCAAGAAGACAGCUACACCAAGGAGGAGAUGGUGCAGCGGCAUGGGGUCAGCAAGCACCCAGCUCCGUACUUCGACCCGUCGCAUUCUGUAAACCGCCGUGCAGCCAAUGGUCUGCCACCCUCGCUCGACACGCACAUGGAGAAGAGCUCAGCUGUGCCGGCAGCGAGCCAUCCAGCAACGACAGCUAAGGUGUUCACGCUGGGCCCGUCAACAGCACCCAAGACUGGAGGCUUGCUGCCUGCAGCCGCCUCGUGGGGCUCGAAGGCGUCACUAGCGGGAAAAGUCGUUCUAUCCGCGUCCAAACCUGCUUCAUCCAGUACAGUCUCCUCAGCAAUAUCAGUCCCUGCAGCGAAACCCACCUCUGGAUCCACACACACAGCAUCUUCCUCGUGGUCCUCAUCCAACGGCCCACAAUUGUUCAAACCUUCCGCAGCAGUGCUUAGUGGCAGGGUGAUACAGGCCAGUGCGCAUUCCCCGCCAGUAAUCUCGCAUGUGAACGCUGCGCAAGCCGUGUCUGGGGCGGGGACAGGGUUCGGAUCGCUGCAGGACAAGCAGAUGCAUGGCAAGUCACCGCCUAGCAUUCUCUCGCAAUCGUCGACUGUGCGACCUGCAGCGUCCACCACCGUGGGUUUCCAGCCGUCUGGUCUGUCUAGUUCCGCCGCCUCUGUCGCUAGAACAGCAGCCACAGCCGCGCUUGCGUCAGGGCCAGGGAAACCGACAGCAGCAGGAGUAACGCAGCAGAAGGUAGCAGCUACUGCCGCCGCUCCUGGUUCGGCUGCUUCAUUAGGCUCGGCAGCUGCUGGUUCGGUUGCAGGGGGGUCUGCUCGGUCUAAGGGUCAGUCGCCGUCGAAGCAGAGGUCUCGGUUGGUGGUUCUGGGGCAGACGGCGCAGGCUAAGGCUUCGUCUCUGGGCAGGGAGUCGCCCACUCCCGCGCAGCUCGCGUCGUCAGGUGCCGCAUCAAGUGGUUCUUCAGGUGGAUCAGCAGGUGAGCAUGACUACGCGGCUGCUUUGGCAGGUCGGGCUGCUGCAGGAGGGGCAGCGGCCACGGGCAGUAGCGGAUCAAAGAAGGGAUUGAACGGGACGCAUGCGCAUAAAGGGUCACGAUCUGAGGACAUGGAAGGAGUGGAGAGCGGUGAUGCCAGCACAAGCACCGGUAGUGCUGUUAGUAGCAGUAAGAAAGGCGGAAAGGACAGUAGCGUUGAGAAAAGUGGCAAGGAUGGGAAGAGUAGGAAGGGUGCGAAGGAAGAAGCUGGUAGAAGUGGUGAGGCUGUCAAAAAUGACGAGUCGAAGAAGCGGGCUUCGAUGGAGGAGUGCGGGGAAGGUCGGGAAGGAGAGAAAGAGAACACGGGAACGCAGAGAACAGGAGGCAAGCCUCACGCGCAGAAGGAAGAGGGUGCAGAGAAUGCGGCAGGGAAGGGCGGGGGCGGGGGCGGGAAGAAAGGGAAGAAGAAGAAGGGCGAGAGCGGCGUAGUGAGGGUGAUGGUGGAAGCGGAUGACUCGCGCAGCUGGGAGGAGCUGCAUGGGGUAGAGGACGAGGAGGAGAAGCGACCGCGGGAGACGGGUGAGGCGCGCGCGGAAGGGAAAGAGGGUGCGCAGGCAAGUGCGAAGAGUGAAUUGCAGGCCAGAGUACUGGCGUUUGAUCCUAUGCGGCUGGAUGCGCAGAAGGGGAAAGGGAAAGACGGUGAUGCUGGGGUAGGAGAGAAGGGGUCAGAUGGGGGAAAGGACGGCGGUGGGGUGGAUAAGGCGAAGGGGCGGGGUGACGCGGAUAAGGGCGCCUGUAAGGUGAGUGGGCAGGCAGAGAAAGGGAAGGGGAAAGGGUCAGGCACAGAGGAAGGGGACAAGGGGAGGGCGAGAGUGGGUGGGUCUAAUGAAGGAGAGAAGAUAUCAGAAAAGGUCAAAGGUAAAGGGCAGUCAGAAGCAGACAAGAAGAAGCCAAAAGGGGCGGCAGCAAAGGAAUCUGAGAAGGAUAAGCAGAAGGGGAGGGCGGAGAGGGUGGAGAAGGGUGAAGGUGCCUUGUCCAAACGCGCAAAGGCUGAGAGUAAAAACAAAGAGGAGGUAGCAAAGUGUGCCACAUCAAGUCAGGAGCGAGAAGCUGAUGUAAUAUCCACAGGUAUGGAAGAAGAUAAGCAGGAAGAGAGUCAGGAGUCAGGGAGUGAGUCGUCUAAGAUGGAUAUAGAUAUGGAGCCAGAAACGGCAGCAGGGACGGGCAAGGGCAAAGUGUUGAAGGAGGAGAAAAAGAUGGAGGAGAGAAAGACAGAGGAGAGAAGGACAAAGGAGGAGAAAAGGUCAGCGGAGGAGAGGAGGACAGAGGAGAGUCUUCCAGACGAGGAUGAGCUCUCGGUACUGAUUGCUGGAGAUGUGGUGGCUUCAGCAUCGGCAAUCCAGCUGCCAGAGGCUAGCGAUGGGGCAGACAGUGCUGCUGAACGGGAGUCCGAUCAAGGUAAACUCGCUUUUGUGGCUGAUGCUGCUGAUAGUGCAGGUGGCAUGGGGGGACAGGCGGGGAAGGCUAUGGGUGCGCCGAAGGGUAUGAACGGAAGCAUACUUCCUGUGCAGAGAAAAGCUUUGGUAGAGGCUGCAGCGCCUGCGGGAGGCGAGGGGCGUAGGGACGGGCAGCGAAACGAGUCGAAUGUAAUUGCGGAUAUUCUUGGCAUGGAUGCAGACACGUGGGGCACAGGCGCCUUUGGGUCCUCCGCACCUGCCAUCCCCUCGUCGCUCUCGCGGCGAUCCCGGUUCCGUUUUGCUCAGGAAGAGGCUGGGGCAGGUACAUCUGGGGAGGGUGCAGCUGCCAGUGCAGGUGGUGCCAGCGGCCAGGUGGUUGGGCUUGAAGGGGUUGGGCUUCAGAUGGGGGGGCUUCAUGAGUCGUUUUUUGGCUCUCUUGGCUUUGGCUUGGGGGUCAGCGGCAGUGGCUUAGACAACAGUGGUGUGAGCAGCGGGAGAGCUGCCGAUGCUGGCAUUGGUGUGGGUGAUGCGGGGCGUGGCAUCAGUCGUGGGAAGAAUGGUGUUGGUGAGAAGGACGGCCAUGAUACACAGCAGCAACAGCCACAGCAGCAGCAGCAGCAGUUGUGGAAGCCAGAAGCUACUGUGGGUUCAGUCCAGUUGUCCCCCUCCAUAGCACCACAGGAGAGAGCUGCAGCGCCCCUAAACCCAUCCCAACCAUCCGAAACCCCUGCAUCUGACGCGCCCCAAGACUUGCGGCCCCCCACCCUGACUACCUCUAGGAGCGGCAGCUUCAGAGCAGGCGGUCCGGGGGUAUCAGCAUUGGCGCCUCCACCAGGCUUUGCCAAGAGGCCUGACUCCGUGCCUCCUGGCUUUGGCCGCACGUCCCCAGCACUCCCAGGUGGUGCGCCCGUCUUCCUCCCUCACCUCCCUUUUCUUUUUUGUCUUUCUACUGUCAGGCUCGUCUGUCUUUCGCUACCUAUUCCGCAUCCCCCUUUCCCUGCUGGUCGCAGAAAGCGCCCGACGGGUGUCAUGCUGCUCUGGUUGAACUGGUCUGUUCCGUGUCCUCUUCCCCUCCUUGGAACCGCGCCCAACUCACAGGCGCCAUGCAGCCGCCACCUGGCUUUGGACCUCUCCCCGCCAAGACCCCUCCCUUGCUGGCCUCAAUUGGGGCACCGUCAGCACAACCAGGAGCUGGCCUGGAGUCAACCGUGGAAAGUGCUGCAGCAGCGUGCUACUCUUUGCUCCUUCAACCUCUGCUGCUCCUGCUGUCCCUGCACCUCCUCUCGCUGCAUUGCAAUAUGCAGCAUUUUACUUUGGUCCAUGCUCGCCCUCACGUGUUUCUUCAUGUGUGUGGCUUUUGCAUCCGUCCCCCCCUCUCCCACCUGCCUCUUUUCCCCUAACAACCUCUUUCCGCCACCAGCAACAGGGCGAGCAUCUCCAGCAGUGAACUCACAACACCUGACACCCAGCGAUACCAACCGGAACGCCUCUUCUCUCCCACCGCCUCUCGCAACCCUCGCAUCAAACCAAUCCCCAGACCUGUCAAGCAAACCGCCCUUUCCGGACCCUUCAAGAAGCACCCACUCCCCAGACCCAUUAAGGGCCAGGGGCUCCACUCCCAAUUCCAAUGCGGGGGAUGAAGCAGCACGCGGGGAGGCUGGGUAUAGUGACAUAGGGCCGAUGGCAGAGCUGCUGAUGAGAAUAGGCGUCACUGUGAAACCAGCUGCACCUGCCGGCGCGAGCUCUAGCCUAGCUUCGGAAUCAGGUAAAACAGGGCUUGAUGGAGGUCCUAGUGUUGUCGGAGUAGGGUUUGGUGCCAGGACUGAUUUGCCGCCGAUUAGGGAGAGAGGGGUGGUAGAAUUGGCAGGGGAGGCAGAGGAAAAGGAGCGUGGUCUGGCUGAGGUACAGAGUGGGCUUUCCUCUCUGUUUCCUGGUUUGGCCGGCCCGUCUGAAUCAGCGGCUGCAGUGGCCACAGGGGCGGCAGAAGCAGAGCUCUCGAGCUCACUUGAUUUGGAGUUUGUGGAUCCGGCAAUCAUGGCCGUGGGAAGGGAUGCUCUUCUGCGCGAUUCUGGCUCGGCUGGACUAGGUGGAGCGCCUCGUUCCGAGGCUGCUUCGCAGGACGGGAACGUUCUCAGCUCGCUGUUUAUGGGAGCGGCUGCUGGGCUGUCUCGGCCGGUGGAGGGGGGUGGGCUAGGCAUGAGUAGCGGUGUUGGGAACAGUGCUGGAAUCAGCAGCAUUGGUAGGAGUCCUGCUCCUACUAUGGACAAUGCCGAUGCGUCGUCUCACUUGUCACAGCAGCCGCAGCACCAGCAGUAUCAUCCACAGCAGCAAUUUCAGCAGCAGCAGCAGCAGCAGCAGCAGCAGCAGCAGCAGCAGCUGGAUUUGGGGCCAGGGUCUAUUCAGCAACCGUUUUCUGGGGGUGCCCCUCUCUCCUUCUCCUCUCUUGCAUCCCACUCGUCCUCCUCGGUCAAUCCCCUCUCCAAUGCAGACCCAUCAGCCGGACUGAGAGGCCAGUUGGUAGAGGGGGGCUUUAUGAACGUCCCAGGACCAUCCACACAGCUGCGCCUUUACCCUGGUUUGUCUGCCUUCGACCAUCCUCUCUCCCAUCCGUCCCAUCCUCCACACGCCUCCCUCGCAAACCCACCCCCUUCCGACCACUUCCGUCAGGAAUCUGACUCGCUGCGGGCCUUCCUGUCUGCGGCACCCAAUGCCCCAUUCCGUGCCGCGCCUUCUGACACCUUCACAGCCCCAUUCCAGUCCGUAUCCCAUGCUGCGUACCCCUCCGCUACAAGGAGUCUGCAGUUUGGAGCCUCGGGAACCCCAGGCAACACAUUAGGGUUCGGGUUAGGGUUAGAUGCAGCAGCUGGGGCACACGUGUCCACCAACCCGGCCUCCUUGGCGAACCAGCCUCAGGAGCCCCUCCCUCCAUCCGCUGCUGCUUCUGCUUCUGGCUCUGACUUUGCACGCAUGGGUGGUGGGUCGGGCUUGGGUUUCUCAGCAGCACAGUCAGGAGGGGGUUCAGGGUGGUCUGGUGCGGUCCCAUCAGGUCGGGUGGGGGGGGGUAUAGGGUUGGAGCUGGGAGGAAUGGGAGGAGCAGGAAGUGGACUGGGAGGAGGAAGCGGAAUGGGAGGUGGCGCAGGGGGAAAGGGAGUGGGUUUACAGCCUCUCGGGGGGCUGUCUGGUUUGUCUGGUCUGUCUGGUCUGUCCAGCCCAUCAGGGCUUUCGUCUGGCCUGUCUCGCAUGAUAGCUACCGUGCCGAAUGCGAAUGGGCAGGGCUCACAUGUGCCCUUCACAGGCCUGCCUCCUGGGCUUGGCAGCACGCGGGCCGGAUUAGGGUUUCUGUCUGGUGCAAGUGGUGCAUGGAGCGGUGGAGAACGGUUACCAGGUGCUGGUUUGGCUGGUUUUGGGCUGAGAGAGCAGCAGAUGCAGAGGAUGGUGGGUGGUGGCGGGUUUAGGGAGAUUGGUCAAGGGGAUGGUGCUCAGAUGUUGUCGGCAUAA